AAGGAGGAGGGUUUGUGAGCUUGGAGGGAAUUUCAACCAAAAUAGUCGUGCUGCUCCUUGAAAACUAACAUUAGGUGGAUAAACAACUGAUCGUUAGAGUUUGAAAACAAUAACGGUACAUCUUUUUAAUUAUUUAAGGGAAGAAACUAAGGAUAAUACACAUUCGCUGUUGGCUCACUGCAUAUAAAAACGUAGCUUGAUGUGUGCAGGAGGCUCUGCAGUCUGUUUUCAGUCGCUAUUAUUUUAGCUAGCUAGCCUUAAGUUAGAGGUUCCACAGCUUGCUGCGCAGGUCUCGGCUAUGGGCUAAAUCGGAGAAUGCUGAUACACGACCACCCAUCAUUCAUAAACUGAUCACAUUGGUCAUGGAUUAUAAGACGAGGAGGCUCGAAAGUCAACUGUGUAAAGCUGUGAACGAUGGAGAACCGAGAUAUGUGCAGCUGCUUCUUUCACAAGGUGCAUGUCCUGACGGGGUGGGUAGUAAUGGAGUGGCUGCAAUACACUUGGCAGCUGGCAAAGAGACCGAGAAGAACACACGCUGCUUGAAAAUGUUACUGCAAUAUGGAGCAGACCCCAAUAUCAGGUCAUCAGAUGGCCUGACUCCUAUACACAUUGCUGCACUGUGGGGAUGUUAUCAAAAUCUGAAUCUGCUCUUGUUAAAUGGAGGGAACCCAAACAUGAAAGAUGGUGAGGGGAAUACACCAGGGCAGCUUGCAGAGCAACAGGAGAAUCGCAAAUGUGCCCAGCUCCUUCAGGAGUACCAUUCCAGCUCAGUGGACACAGAGGAGGACAACUUACCUCAAUUCCAAUACUCUGUGUAUUCAGACCAAACAGACACGUCUAGCUAUCCUGGAUCAGACUAUAGCUUCAGUUCCCACUCUUCUAUGAUAAGUGACUUUGGUGAAGCCCCAUUGAGCAGCACAAGGCGCUCAUCAUUUUUCAACCUGUCUGACGUUAAUGGAAGGCCAAAUUGCAGAGGAAUAUCAUAUAACAGACUUUCUGGUAUGGACACUAAGAUGCAUCACAGCCAGGACUGGAACAAUGCCUCCUCACAUUGGUCAUCUGAAGGUCCCUCCAUGUUAUCAAGCACUCGCAUGUCUGCAGUGGCAAUGCCAGCUCUUAAGGAGGAGGAUUUAUUUACGGGCGAUGGUGUGUUCACAUCAAAAGCAAAUGAACAUGCUGCCACAACUGAUGGCAGAAUCUCCCCCUCCAGAAGAGACACUCUUCCAGCAUUUCCCUCCAGGCGAGUGAGUCGUAAGAGUGUGAGCUUCAAAGAUGUGGAUGAAUAUUUCCCUGUUUUUAGUCCUGAAUCUCCCAAACAGGACAGAACUGGCGUUGAUGGCAGCCAGUGCACCAGCAACUUACACUUUGACAUGUCUGAGUACCCUGACUUCCUGGAUUCAGAACGCAUGGCCACGGUUUUACACAUGCAGGGCAUCGACGUCACGUCGCCGGAUCACGUUUAUGUUUUUUGCAGGGAGAGCAGUGAGAGCACAGAGGAGGAGUUGGAGAAAACAGUCAUCAGUCACUGUGCUUUGGAAGAGAGUGAUGAUGAACAGGAGGGUGAACAUGUAAAAAAGGCUCAGGUGAAUAUACCAGAACAGCCAGCCCGUUUCCAUGUUGGCAGCAGCAGCAGUGGGACUGGUAGUAGUCAUUAUAGCAGCUGUGACAGCGACCAUUACACCAGUGCUCUGGAUGCUUCUAUACACCCCAGACAUCUUUUACUCUCUGGGGCUGAAUCUGACAAAAUGAUUCAGAUUUCUUCAGACUCUGAUUCUAAAUUGACAAGGCAAUAUUGGAAUCUUCCACGUGUUCAAAAAGAUGGUUCCCAGAUGGUUUCAAAACCUGAAACUAAAGAGCAUGUACCAGGUAUGCAUGAUAAACUGGAACUGGCUGAAGUAAAACAGCCAAACAAUGAUUUGUUUGAGGCUUGCAGUGGUCCUGUUGUGGACACUUCAAGUCAAUGUGGUAUUGACCAGCCAGUGGCAGACACCCCAUUGAAUGAUGCAGCUGAGGCAUUACAUGAAAACGUCAACCUUCCAUUCACACCAAGUCCUUUUGUAACAGGCAGGACUCGCUCGAGGUUGAGUCGCUGCUCACUGAGAACAAGCAGAACCCCAGACAGCCUCCUCUUCAUGUCUUCUCUCUUUGAAGAGACCCUCCCCACACCAGUUCGAACACGCCGCCAGACGCCCAGAUCUCAGAGCAGCGAAGACUUUUACAGUUCACCACAUGCACCUUGUUAUACACCAUCCUAUUCAGGGAACAGCCAAGGAGGAGACUUGUUGCCUGAUGAUUGCCAGGCCACACAGUCCAGCACCCUCAGAGCUGGCUCAAGUGUCAGCGAUACCCAAGCUGACACUCUCAUCCUCUCCAAGAGCGUAACUGAUUCUGCUUCUGAAUCGCAGACUUUGUCUGACACAGUCGCACUGGAGGGAAACCAGGACUCUUCAAUGGAUGCUUAUGAAAGAAACCUUGCAGAGAUUAUACUGGCCAUGCAAGGCAAUGAUCUUGCCGAAAGCAGGGAUUUUCUGACUGAUGAUCUGACAAGUACAGACGAGGCAACAACAAAGGGAAACUUAAAUGUUGCUCCUGGUAAGAACAAAUUGGAUAGCCUAAAAAACGAAGAUGCCUGGAUCCCCAAGGACUGUAGCUCGGACUCUGUCUCAUCUUCAUCCAGCUCCACCUAUUUUUCCCCAAGGAGGUCCAGGGAAGACUCCGACCUUCCUUGCACUCCUGGCGCUGGAUGCACCCCCAGGUACAGCAUGAGCCGGCUGUCAAACUGCCGCAGGCCACAGCACCUAGCUAACCUGUCUUACACCCCUGGAGGGCGUCCACUUAUUCAGGAUCUGGAUGAACCGGUGGAGUACCUCUACACUGAUUCGGAACAGGGCCACAAGCUGAUCGAGACCCACGUCCCACCUACAGCAAACACCUCACUCAGCUGCAGCAUGAGUACAAGCAGCAAUGAUGAGACCGUCCUUUAUGACUGGCGCUCCAUGCAGACUGACAUGGUGAACGGAGGAAAGGAGAACCAGAAACCCCAGAUGGUGCUACAGAAGGAGGAAAAGGAGGAGGAGAGGCUGUUGCCGGAGACCAAAGGAAUAACUGACAAGGAGCUGAGAUUGAGGCUAGUAGAGCUGGGGGAGAGCCCGGGCCCUAUCAGCUGCCGUACAAGGCCCACGUACAUGCGAAGGUUGCACCGCUUGUUGCAGGAGUCAAACUCCCAAUCACCACAUCAACAGAAGCAGUUAGACCCUCCACAAACAGAUUUAGGUUAUAGUCCAGAAUUGUGUCAGGCCCUGCGGACCUUCGAGCUGCCUCAUUGCCAGGCUGACGAGCAGGCUUUGUGCCAACAGUUUGACCAACCAGAUCAAAACAGAAAGUGGAGGGAGGGCAUCAUCAAGUCCAGCUUCAACUAUCUGCUGCUCGACCCAAGAGUGACAAAAAACCUCCCAUUCCGCAGUCACACCAUGACUCCACAGGAGUGUUUCCAGACAUUUAUCCAUGCUAUAUUUUAUGUGGGCAAAGGAAAACGCUCCCGUCCAUACAGCCACCUGUAUGAAGCUUUAGAGUACUUCAAAGGGGACAAGACCUCCAAGAAAUUGUGCCCCAAAGUGCAGCACAUUCUGCAGGUGUGGACCGCCGAGCAGGGGGUCAUCUCUCUGCAUUGUUUCCAGAAUGUCAUUCCAGUGGAGGCUUACACAAGAGAGGCCUGCAUGGUGGAGGCCAUCGGGUUGAAGAUGCUCACCAAUCGGAAGCGAGGGGAUUUUUAUGGCGUGGUGUCCAACUGGCAGGUGAAGAAGAAGCGGGACCUCGGCGUCCACUUGCUCUACCGGGCCAUGCAGAUCUUCCUGGCCGAAGGUGAGAGGCAGCUCAGACCAGCAGACAUCAGACAGUAGUGAACCCCACUGGUGGGGGGGGGGGGGAA